AUGGGAGUCCUGAGAGUCACGGAGCGGGCAGGUACUGAGGGCACGUCCGUGGAUGGUAUGGGACACGGAAGUGAACAUGGCCAUGGCAAAAUGGAACUCCCUGACUACAGGCAAUGGAAAGUAGAGGGUACUCCACUAGAGAAGGUCCAGGAAAGGCUAGCUAAGCGGGGUCUGAGGGAUCCAUGGGCUCGUAAUGAAGCCUGGAGAUACAUGGGUGGCUUUGCAAAACCUGUCACUUUAACAGAAGUCGUAACUAGGGGACUCAAGUGGGGAUUUGCAGCUUUUGUCAUAGCUCUUGGCAUUGAAUAUACCCUCUUCCCUCCAAAGAAGAAUGGAGGCCAUCACUGAAGAUCAAAUAUAACAGCGUAAUAUUUACUCAUCACUAAGCUGAAAUGCAUGUAAGACUGAUGCUUACUCUGUACUUAUAAUAUGGAUAUUAAAGUCUAUCAC